AUCAGUGACCCGUGGACAGCACUGGCAGCAGCCAUGGACUCCUGGGGCACACGGCCGAAAAGGGUGGCUGUCAUCGGCGGUGGUCUGGUCGGAUCGUUAAACGCCUGCUUUCUUGCAAAGCGGAAUUUCCAAGUUGACGUGUACGAGGCGAGGGAAGAUAUCCGAGUGGCCCAGCUGGCUCGCGGGAGAAGCAUUAACUUGGCCCUUUCCCACCGAGGACGGCAAGCCUUGAAGGCCCUUGGCCUAGAAGACCAGAUUGUAUCUCAAGGAAUUCCCAUGAGGGCAAGAAUGAUUCACUCUUUUUCAGGAAAAAAGUCUGCAAUUCCCUACGGGACAAAGUCGCAGUAUAUUCUUUCUAUCAGCAGGACGAACCUAAACAAGGAUCUGUUGACCGCGGUGGAGCGCUACCCCAAUGCCAAGGUGUACUUUGGCCACCGGCUGCUGACCUGCAACCUGGAGGAAGGAACCAUCACGGUGCUUGGAUCUGACAAAGUUCCCACCGAUGUCACCUAUGACCUCAUUGUGGGAUGUGAUGGUGCCUACUCCACCGUCAGAAGCUUCCUCAUGAAGAAACCCCGCUUCGAUUACAGUCAGCAGUACAUUCCCCACGGGUACAUGGAACUGACCAUCCCGCCCAGGGACGGGGAUUUCGCCAUGGAGCCGAAUUACCUGCACAUCUGGCCGAGGAACACCUUCAUGAUGAUUGCACUCCCUAACAAGAACAAGACCUUCACCUGCACGUUGUUCAUGCCCUUCGAAGAUUUCGAGAAACUCCAGACCAGCAGGGACGUGCUGGAUUUCUUCCACAAACACUUCCCGGACGCCGUGCCUCUCAUGGGCGAGCAAGCCCUGGCGCGGGACUUCUUCCUGCUGCCCGCCCAGGCCAUGAUCUCCGUGAAGUGCUCCCCGUUCCACUUUAAGUCCCGCUGCAUGCUGAUGGGCGACGCAGCCCACGCCAUCGUGCCCUUUUUUGGGCAAGGAAUGAACGCAGGGUUUGAGGACUGCCUGGUGUUUGAUGAGUUAAUGGAGAAGUUCAAUAACGACCUCAGUGUGUGUCUCCCUGAGUUCUCAAGAUUUCGAAUCCCAGACGACCACGCGGUUUCAGACCUUUCCAUGUACAAUUACGUGGAGAUGCGAGCACACGUCAACUCAAGAUGGUUCAUCUUCCAGAAGAACGUGGAGAGGUUGCUUCAUGCCAUCAUGCCAUCAACCUUCAUCCCCCUCUACACCAUGGUCACCUUUUCCAGAAUAAGGUACCACGAGGCGGUGCUGCGCUGGCGUUGGCAAAAAAAGGUGAUAAACAAAGGCUUCUUCCUCUUCGGAACACUGGUGGCCAUCGGCAGCGCCUACCUCCUCCUACGCUCCACGGCCCCGAGACGCCUGGAUUACUUGAGGGGACCGUGGGACUGGGUCACUAGCCUCCAGCAUUCCCUGAAAACCCCCUGGAGCCUCUAGAACAAAGCCCCGCGGUCACCCGCAGGCGACGAGGAGGUCGUGAAGGAGCCAAUGACACAUGCGAUUCCUCUGUAACCAAAUCUAAGGGUCCACGCCGUGGUUCCCACCGUCAUAUUUAAGUCACUCGUGGACGAUGUCUGUCAGCUUGAGAAUUAAAUUCAAUGUCGA